GUACGGUAGUCUGAUAAUAUAAUAAGAUAUCAUAAAACAUCCUGGUUUUCUAGUAUUGGAGGAAUGUGAAUCUAUAAUUUCAUGUGAUUUGUGAUCCAGUAAUUCAAUAUUAAAGGAAAGACUGAAAGAUGUCGUCUAUGCAACCGAAAAUUCCUGAUAUGAGCGUGUUGAAGGAUUAUGCUCAAGAACAGCUCACAGUCUUGCUUGAAAACUUCUAUGGAAAAAAGGACUUGGUCAUAGAUCCAGAUCUUAUGACACCUCUUGAUCGGCUGACUGGCUUAACUUUUCUAAAGCAACGAGGAGUAGAUAAAAUAUUCAAAUUGGAGCAUAAGGAAAUACUUGGAGGAUGUGAUCAACGAGUUUAUAUUGUACGUCCCGAAAUAAACAAUAUGAAGCAUAUUGCUGCACAUGUACUAUCGGACAAACGAUCAGAAAAACUUCGAAAAUAUAGAGUUUUGAUGGUUCCAAGACGUUUGUCUAUUUGUGAAAUGGUGCUAGAACAAGAAGGUGUUAUAGGAUUUUUAACAAUAGAAGAUCUACAUAUUGAUUUAAUCCCUGUAGAUGUUGAUAUUGUGUCACUGGAAUUACCUCAACUCUUAAACUCAUUUUUUAUGGAUGGAGAUCAGACAUGGUUGCACACAGUUGCACGAUCUAUUGUAAACUUGCAAGCGAUUUUUGGUUCUAUUCCAAACAUUUAUGGUCAAGGAAAUUCUGCUUCGAUGGUUGAUGAUCUUGUUAAAACACUGACAGUUGAAUUGGAAGAAAAACGAACUUCAUUGGAGACCAAUAUUGGACAUCUUGUAUUGAUAGAUAGAGAUGUCGACUAUGUUACACCACUUUGUUCACAGGUCACAUAUGAAGGCUUAUUGGAUGACAUAUUUGAAAUCAAAUGUGGAGUGAUAGAAUUUGGAGAAGAGGUGACUGGGUCAGAGAAGAGUGUUAAAACUGUGUUAAAUUCUAGUGAUGAGAUUUUUCAAGAAAUAAGAGAUAGACAUUUCACUAAUGUGUUUCAAUUUUUGAGUGUGAAAGCAAAAGAGGUUCAAGCUGGAUAUGACAAGAGACAUGACAUGAGAGAAUUGAGCAAUUUGAAGAAAUUUGUCCAAGAAGAUCUGAAGGGAUUAAAGCAGGUGCAUAGAUCAAUAACAUUACACAUAGGUGCUAGUGAGGUGAUUCUGAAAAGCAAAACGAAAGGUUCACUCAAGAAAGGGGAUCUACAAGAUGUUCUUAGGAUUGAGCAUCACCUACUAGAAGGAGUUGAGUCAAGAGAGUGCAUGUCUUAUGUGGAGGAAUGCAUUCAUCGACAGUAUGACAUAUUGUUAACAUUAAGGUUGAUUUGCUUACUCUCAUGCACAUCUAGUGGUUUAUUACCUAAGGAUCUACAAAACAUUCGACACCAAUUUCUCCAGAGUUAUGGCUAUGAAUAUAUGUUGACUUUAUUUAAUUUGAAGAAGGCAGGCUUGUUAACAGAGGCACAAAAAGAAGGGCAGUCAACAACUUCCAUUGAAGCAAACCUCAAUAAAUAUGCUGAAAAGGCAGUGAUGGGUCCCGCUGUAUCAUACGUUGCUAGCUCAUUAGCUUCUUUACAGAAGCGAGACUGGUUUAGAACCGUCAGUAAGAAGUUAAGUCUCAUUCCAAAAAAUACUGCGGGACAAUAUAACUUGAAAAACCCAGAAGAUAUGGCCUAUGUUUUUGGUGGUGCGUACGUUCCAUUGACAUGCAGGCUCGUGGAGCAAGCAUUGCAAAGACAAGGUUGGGGUGGACUAGAAGAUGUAAUGCGCCAUUUACCAGGAAAGUGCUUUGAACGUUUAGAAGCUAAAUCUGCGAAAGGCAAAGGUGCUGGGAGUGGGGGAUUUGGAACAGACUCGUCAUCAAAAGUGGUGUUGGUUUAUUUUAUUGGAGGUGUUACAUACUCUGAAAUAGCGGCAUUAAGAUUUUUGGGAAGGAAAAAUGGAUACAGAUUUAUUAUUGCUACCACUGCAAUUAUCAAUGGAACAAGGAUGUUGAAUUCUUUUAUAGAACGACCUUCACAUAACUAGUAAUGUAGUAUCCAAACGGUUGAUAUCAUUGAAUUGAAAGGACUCAACUGCUGGAAUGUUUGUGCCGGAAGUUCGUUACCAAACUGCUUGGUAAUCGACUACAAGGCACUGAUGGAAUGUCGAACAACCUGCCACAUGAUGUCAAAAUCCUAUUAUUUGAGUUCCUUAUCCUGCACUUCAUCUGUGCUGGUUGUGUUUUAGAGCUCACAGACUGAAUCAAAUAUGAAUUCCAGUACUUGUGCAGAUUAUUCAUGUUCUUUUAAAUGACUUUUUAUUUUGCUAAUAUAUAAUCAUGAUUAAGUGUAAUAAUCCAUCGAUCUGUUUUAAACUGCGAAUAUUUUCUACUCUGCUUGCAAAUAAAACCUACUCAAAAUCCGAUUAUACUUUGAAAAAUUAA